AUGGCCACCGAGCGCUCUCUAGCGACUCUAUUGCGGUCGCUACAGAUCGCUUCCGAGCCCCAAGAUGCCUUCGCUCUACUCCCAACAUCAACCAGUUUCCUUGCCAUCCUCACAAACCCUCUGAACGUUACUCUCUUAUCAUCCCAACUACUAUCAUCGCCAGCUAUAUGGGACCAUCGCGUCGACCUCCACACCUGCCGCCGAAUCCUCAGCGUAUUCAACACCGCCGCAAUCGGCAUCUUACAAAACGAGGCUUCUGACGAACCCCGUGCCCCAUACACAAGACGCGGUCUUGACCGAGAAGCAUGGGUUAAGGCUGUCAUCAAUGGCGCAGAUGAAAAGUCGCCUCGAUGGCGGCAUGUGCUUCUCCUCGGCGGGGUGUUACUCGGAUUCGAGGGCCAGAAUAGGCAAGGACUUUCACACAGUUUGCGGAGUAAAGUCGAACGUGCGCUUGUGCGUGCUGUGGGGUUGGCGCUUGAAGAGAAUAUAAGUCUUGAUGGAAUUGGCGGGUAUGCGAUAACUAUGGUGCUUAACUAUACAUUUGAGCUUCUCUCGGACUGGCAUCGAAGUCAGUUCAAUUAUGAUCGAGUGUUGCCAAUUAUGAUCCAAGCGACAUUCUUCUCAAACGAAGGACUCAGCAGCGCAUAUUUUGUGGGAGCUAUAGAUCGUGAGAUUGUCGAGGGCAGGGCCUCUAAGAAGUUCGGUUGGACUGCCUCCUCGGCUACGUAUCAGAAUGUCAAAGAUAUAUCCUCUAGACCACUGAUAGCGUCGCUGGGACCAUUGUCACGACUCAUCGCGCAUGCCAUGGAGAAUGUGACGGAUCCGAAUAUUGUCUCGGAUGGAAUGAGUUCUGUCAACGACUUUGUCCGCACAUUGCUGGUCCAAUGGCGCCAAAAUAAAUUGUCGGAAGUAGACCCUUCUGAGGAGACAGAGUUUCUGGAUGCAGAGUCAUUGAAGAGUACUAUACCGGACCUGUGGCGAUUACUCCGAUCAAUAAUGUUUUCGGCUGUUAUCAUUCUUCGAGCAGUACUAGGCAGAGUGCUGAAUGAUAAAGUGUUGGCUGCUGGCAGCGUGGCGCCUUUCAUCGCGGUACAGUCAUUACACAUUCUACGAAACCUAUAUUUCAUCACAUCCCGCACCGGACAAAGCUCAUCAUCCCAAUAUUCAUUUGUGAACCUCGUCGCCAUCGACAUCCUCGCUCAAUACCCCGAACUCGCCGAAAACUUCCUACGAACCAUCAAACCCGUUGAAUUGGGUCAGAUCCCUCCUCAUCCUCUCGAGCGUUGUCUUGAUCUUUUCUUCUUGAAUACGUCUGAGCAUUUCGCUUUAAUACUACCUCCUCUUGCGAACGAGGAAUUAAUCAUUGCCGCUGCAACACCGUAUCUCGCUGCGGGAGGGAACAAUCAUCUUUUAGAGAUCUUUGAAGCUGCGCAUAGCGUUGUAUUGGCUGUUUUCUCGGCGCCACAGAAUGCGGAUAUGACUGCCAAACAUUUACCAUUUUAUGUCGAUAAUCUUUUUGCAGUAUAUCCACAAAACCUAUCAGUCCGCCAAUUUAGAUUAGCAUUCAAAUCCGUCGUGCGCAUCGCCGCACCCCCAUCCCCUUUGUCUAAUACCCAACCACUGCUAGCCGCAACACUGCUCGAACUUGCGCUCGAACGCGCCCUAACAGCAUCCUCAACCCUCCUCCCACCAUCCACCCAAUCCUCCACCGAAAACGCACUCGAAACACCACCAGUCCCCCUCUCCGAGAAAUCAGGCAUAAUCCUCGCCAUGAUCGAUUCCUUCCCUUGCUUGCUUGUUGAAGACCUCCAAGAAUUUUUGCCUUUGACUGCACGACUUAUACAUACUUUACCAUCUGGUGACGAGGCAGCACAGAAUGUUCGCAGAACGUGCAUUGAGCGAUUCUGGGAGGUCUUGAGUAACGGUGAGAUGGAUGUUGAGAGGGCGAACUUCUGCGUUAUUUGGUGGAGCUCGAGGGGUGGGAGGGAGCUGUUGCUUUUUGGCGAGGAUCACCAAAACGGGUUGAUUGGACAGCAACAGCAGCAGCAACAGCAGGAGGAGGAAGUUGUUAUGAGUGGUGGGCUUGUAGAUGUUCUUCCUCGAGAGAAUAAGUUGUGA